GUAACGUAAAAGAUACCGACAUGGCCAAAACCUACGAAUCUGAAAUUUGAAGAAGCAUAAGUUUGUCUAUUAAAGAUGGAAUCAAAGACGUUCUGGAUCGUUACUCUUCUUCUCUGUGGAACAAUUCAAUUAGCGAUUUGCAGAUCAGAAGAGAAAAGCACAGAGAAGACGAUGAUGCUAGGAGGCGUUCAUGAUCUCCGAGGAAAUCAGAACAGUGGAGAGAUCGAGAGUCUCGCUCGAUUUGCCAUUCAAGAACAUAACAAACAACAGAACAAAAUUCUUGAGUUCAAGAAGAUUGUCAAAGCAAGGGAGCAGGUAGUUGCAGGAACGAUGUACCACUUAACCCUAGAAGCAAAAGAAGGUGAUCAGACUAAGAAUUUUGAAGCCAAAGUGUGGGUGAAGCCAUGGAUGAACUUCAAACAGUUGCAGGAGUUCAAGGAAUCAUCUUCUUGAAUUUCACUUGUUCAAGUUAAUGAUUACAAAUGCUCUGAGAGUAAUUAAUUAUAUGUGUGUAAAAUACUUUGCUAUAUGCGAAACCUAAAAAGUUAAUGUAAUCAAGAAACUUGUUCUUAUGUCCUGCAAAUAUCUUUGUAUGUUUGUUUCCUGUUUAUUCUUAUGUUUCAAGUUACAACAUUGCACUGAUUG